GUAUCCGGUUGGAAAACGUAGCUUCUUAACGCAAAGAGGCCGGCGGUAAUUUGGUUCCGGCCCAGAUGGCCUGUCAGUAGGAACGCCGCGGUUCGGAGAAGGGUCGGUGGAUGCCGGGAGGGAGAUUUGUCCUUCCUUCCUGGCAGCCCCUACCAUGAUCCCGAUUCCGCUGGUCGUGCUGGUGAUGGGGGGUUGGUGCGCCAUUUACCUGGCCGACACCUUGCUGAAGGCAUCAGAUUCUUUGAAGACUUCUUAUGAAGAAUGGCUGACAUCUUCUGGAUUGAGCAUCUCCCCUUUUCAUAUACGAUGGCAAACCCCUGUCUUCAAUCGUCUCUUUUACGAUUGGGGACGAUGGAAACCCAGGCUGCUUUACCAGUGGUUCAAUUUAGGAAUGGUGUUUGGAAUAAUUGCCAUGUUCAGUUCUAUUCUCCUCCUUGGAAAAACCCUGAUACAAACUUUGUCACAAAUGUUGACUGAAGCCCCUUCAGCUCAGAAUGAUCGGAUGCUACAAGUUGUGGUUCCUGGUGUAAAUUUACCUGUCAGCCAACUGACCUAUUUCUUUACUGCAAUCCUUAUUAGUGGUGUCAUACAUGAAAUUGGCCAUGGGGUGGCAGCUAUCCGAGAACAAGUUCGAUUUAAUGGAUUUGGAAUUUUUAUCUUCAUUGUUUAUCCUGGAGCAUUUGUUGAUCUAUUCACUACCCAUUUGCAACUUAUAUCUCCCGUCCAACAGCUAAGAAUAUUCUGUGCAGGUGUCUGGCACAAUUUUGUACUUGGAGUUUUAAGUCUUCUGACUCUUUUUCUGCUCCCUGUAAUUCUUUUCCCACUGUACUACACCGGAGUUGGGGCCCUUGUCCUUGAUGUCACUGAGGACUCACCUGCUAAUGGACCCAGAGGCCUCUUUGUGGGAGACUUAGUCACCCAGCUACAGGACUGUUCAGUUCAUAAAGUGGAAGACUGGAAUUCCUGUCUAGGGAUCAUCUCACAGGAGCCACAGAUUGGUUACUGUAUAAGUUCAGCAACUUUGCAACAGUUAAGCUUCCCAGCCAGAGUGUACAAAAGGCUCGAUGGGACAGUUGAAUGUUGUAGCAACAACAGCCUCACAGAUGUCUGCUUUUCCUAUAGUAAUAAUAUGGACGCUCAUUUGUAUGCCUGCCUGCCAGCCCGGAAAACAAUUGAAGCCAAUCAAGUGUGUAGGAGUAAUGCAGAUUGUCAGAAGGACUUUAUUUCAAGUUUAUGUGUAACACCGUCUUUGGAAAAUCAAACUCGAUUAAUAAGAGUGAAACACUCAUCUCAGAUUGACAUGCUGUUUGUAGGACAUCCACUGCACCUUCAGUAUACAGUGAGUCUCAGCAGUUUCAUCCCACGAUUCAACUUUCUAAGCAUUGAUCUACCUGUGGUAAUAGAGACAUUUUUCAAAUACCUGAUUUCACUCUCAGGAGCAUUGGCUGUCAUUAAUGCUGUACCCUGCUUUGCUUUAGAUGGACAGUGGAUGUUAAACUCUUUUCUUGAAGCCACCCUUAGUUCACUGAUCAUAGACAAGCAAAAUAGAGAUUUGUUAGGAUUUUUAAUCUUGCUUGCUGGUAGUACACUUUUGGCUGCCAAUGUGGCCCUGGGACUCUGGAUGGUGACAGCUCGAUAAUAUAUAUGUGUAUGUAUCAGGACUCAUUUGACAAAAUCUGUGAAUUGCUAUCAUGUGCAAAAAAAGAAAAAACAACAACAAACCCCAUAACAUUUGUUGCUGAUUAAAAAACAACAACAACUUUGCUUGGUUUGAAAUCUAAAAAACUUCCUUAAAACUAAUGAGAUACUACUAAAUUGAGAGGUCUGUACUAGGUAUGCUCCACGAUACCCCUUGAUACCCAACUAAUAACAAAAUAAACAUGAAAGGCCUGGUCUCUGACUCAAAGGAUUUCAGCCUGGUUGUGACAACAUAUACAUUCAUUUGGACUUUAUAAAUUCAUCUAUAAAAAAUAUUUGUUGUGUCAUAUCUAAGUAGUAGUGUCAUAUCUAAGUACCCCUUCAGGGUAAGGGAAUAGAAGUGAAGAGGUGAAGUAUAUCAGGUUUUGAAGGAAGCAAGAGAUAGUCUGUAACGACAUUGGAAGGCUGAGAAUCUUCUAGGCUGCUCACAACUGAAUCAGAAUAUCUUUGGUCUUCAGUGUUUUUAAUUUAGUGCUGGAUCAUUUGUCACAAGAGGAAGCUUGGGUAAUAGAGAAAGGUCUAGCCUCUGAGUCAAGAAGACUUGGGUGCAAAUCCUGAAUCUGACACAUAACUUGGCUUUGUGACCCUAGAUAAGACAAUGUCCUUGAUGCUCUAUGUAGCGUGCCAAGACUGUAAGUUGCAGAAUUGUUACUGAUUAACACUAUUAGAGGGAGUUUCCCCACCAUAUGUUCCCUACACUGAUGCAACUAUAGAUCCAGACCAAAAAUUUUGUUUUGUUUUGUUUUUUAAAGCAGCUCUUGAUUAAACAUUAUUCUCUUGAUAAAAUUUUUUUUAUAUAGAUACAGUGUUCAAAAAUUUCCCCGAAUUGUUCAGGGACUUGUGUGUGUAUGUAUAAAUUAAUGACAUAAAAAGAAAUAAAAAUCUAGACAUUA